ACAGCAAUCAACGUUCACAAGACGCUUAACAGUUGUAGUCUGCAUCAGGCAUUGAAGUAAUUAUGGGCAACAGAUUGGCUAUGAGUUCUACCAACCAGCCUGGAAGUGAAAUUGUGCGCAGACGAAUUGUAAUUAUAGGAAGCGCAGGCGUUGGAAAAAGCGCCAUUAUCAACCGGCUGGUAAAUAAAGUAUAUGACGAGGAGUAUAAACCAACAGUAGAGGAUAUCUACCACCUCAAUUUCCUGCACAAGAAGAACUUUCAGAUAGAGAUUAUUGACACAUCUGGUAGUUCGGAUUAUAUGAUGAAUACCUACAUAAAAACAGCCGACUUAAUCAUUCUCGUAUUCUCGUGCGACAGCGCCAGAUCGUUCGAAGAAAUUCUUCAGAAACGGGAGACCGAAGUUGAUGUGCUGAAAUCAGAAGAUGCCAAAAUCGUUGCAGUUUACUCAAAAAUAGAUUUGGAAUCUAACAAAGAGAUAACUUACGCUGAAGCUGAUCUUAGGCUCGUUGAGCAUGGAACUAUUCCGCUUAUAGCAACAUCGGCAAAAAGUAAUGAAGGGAUUCGACAGUUGAAGCAUUUCAUUGUCAGAACGUGUUCUAAAGAACAAUUGUGCCCGCCGACAAGAUAGCUUCAAUGACUUUUUAAACAUCGCAAGUGUAGGCCUAUAUGUGUUUUGCCUCGGCAAGACCCAAAAUUCUUGGUAGUAAACUUGAUCGAAUUCGAUAGACCGAACAGAUAAACCAAUUAGUAAAGUUAAAAGAAAAUGAAAGCCAAAGUUAAGUAUUCUAUCGGGGUAGAAAUAUAUUGCUUACUUUGUGUAGUAGGUUCAAGUAAGUUAUUUGAUUUUCGAAUAAAAUAAAAAUUGGAACUAGCCUAUAGGAUAGGCCUAUUAUUAAAGCCUUCCUUUUGGCAAUUUUGCAAAACUAUAAAAUUUAACAUAUUCACUCUGUUUUUCAACCUUCGAAAAAUAAAUUUAUCUACAAUAUACUGUAUUUAUUUACAUAGCAAUAAAGGAAAACCUAAACUUAAA